GAGAGGUUGUGCGGUGCGGGUGGGGACGCUCCUUUGUGGUUUGCCUCUUAAGUGUAACUUUUUUAAUCCUCCCUCGAAAAUGCCUUGUUCGGCGAUUACGCUAUCCUUAGCGACGAUCUGUGCUGUGGUGUCGGUAGCUCUGCUGGCUAUCGCCUUCGGCACAGAUAACUGGCAGUACAUCAAAGUGAACCGCAUUGAUAUCGAGAAAUCGCUCUCUCGUUCGGACAUCACUCCGCAGGAGUUUGAGGACAGCGGAUUCUACCGAACACGCACCAAAGGCCUCUUCCGCAUAUGCUACCCGGAGACAAAACCCAAAGGAGUGGAGCUGUACCUGUCCCCGGUGGAGACCUACUGCGAGAACAUCGACUACCACAUCUUCAACGAAGACAGCGACACCUCCAAGUUCACUGAGGACGAGAUGGUCAGAUUACACAUGGCUCGUUCGAUGAUCGCCCUCUUCAUCGUCUCCUUUUUCUUCGUCUUCGUGGCCUUCUGGACGGGCGUGGCCGGCUGCUGGCGACGGUCUCCGGGGAAUAUUGCUUCCACCGCUAUCCUCAUGCUGCUGGCCUGUCUCUUCUCAGCUGGAGGCAUGGGACUAUGGCACGGUGUGGAGUACUACGAGGAGGAGAAGCUCAAGACUGAGCCCUGGAAGGCUUCAUGGGAUAAGAACCUGCAGGAUGCUACUGCCAUCCACUACGACUGGUCUUACAUGAUCUCGUGGGUUGGCACUGGUAUGGCGCUGCUGGCCUUCUGCCUGUUCCUGGGUGCAUCGCAGUGCAUGCAAGGGGAACAACAGCGUGAACAGGCAAAGCAGAUGCAGUACAUCAUGCCAGUCUAUUCACAGAAACACCAGUACCCUUCGUAUGGCUAUGGCUACCCAGGACCUUACCAUUAUGGAUCCCAGUAUGGCCCAUAUAAUUACUAGAGGACUACCAUGGCUGUGUCACUGUGGAUCCUAAAACGAUUCGCGUAACUGCAAGUGUCUCCCAGGCAAUGUCCAUCAUAGUCAGGGGCUCCACCUGUAUAGAUUACAGGAGCUACAACUUGACUAUCAAUACAGCCAGGGCUUUUACUCACUGGUGUCCAAUAGGCCAUAUUGCUGCUAGGCAGCUGCUAUCAUAGCUUGAGGUAUGUUGCUGGUAAUCUUCAUGAGGCACAAGUAACUUCUCAACAUCUUCUAUCAUAACAAGAAGCCUGUCAUUGUCAAUCUUAGGCUGUUGCUUGUAAAGAUACUGGACAGUUACCAUUUUUAACAAAGGAACAUAAAGCUGGAUAAAGCUCUAUGGUUGUGAGUCGCAGAAUGAGACAAAUUACUUGUAGAUGACUACGAACUUAUGACUGGCUCGCUUUUCAUCGUAGUCCAAAUACUUGACCAACUAACAUCCCUCCCAAAGUCUCACAGUUCCAGAGUCCAGUGUGAUCUGUGUAGCUAAAUACUCUUAUUAUAUGACCUUCAUUCAAACAUUUUAUGAUAUACAUGCAGGCAGGCAUCUGUUGAUCUGCAGUGCAUUUUCCUUCGUCAAACUUUGAAAAUAACACUGUACAGUAGUUUCAUAAUGGCAGUUUUGCCACUAAUUUCCAAGAUUUAAAUCGAACUUGCCAUUGUGUACUGUCCUGAUUAUUUCUGGAAGUAUUAAUUUUAUAUUACAAAUAUCUGAAAUUUAAAAGGUAUAAUACAUUAGAAAUUUCAUAACAUCAAUUCUUUCAUAAAGCAUUAUGAAAGAUGGUAUGUUUAAGUAAUGUUUCCAUAAGUAUUUAAUACUGUAUUUACAUGAACACAAUAUUGUACUGUAUUAUAAAAGUGCCUUAACAGGUAAUUGUCUUUGCUCAUUUAAGCAAUAAUGAAAGAACCAGUCUCAACACUGGGCUUUCAGUAAUAAUAAUAUUUAUAUUUAAAAAACUACAGGUAUUAAACUGAAAAUUUUAAUUGUACCGUACUUGGGAUUUUUUAAAUCUUCAGAUGCAUGAUAAUUAUCAGGUGACAACUGUACAUUAAUAAAUAUUAGAAGGUUUCUAUCUCAGAAUACAUAUUGUAAAGCUUAAAAAAAGUAACAGUAAAGUAACAUAUAGGUCGGCUAUAUGCUUUGGAUGAAAUAGUUACUUUGUAAAUAUUAGGGUCCUCAACUUAGGUUUAUUGUGAUGGAAUGUCAAUAUCCUGUCACUAAUUCGUUAAUUUUUGCCAGAAUAUGACAUUGAAUGUGUUAUUACUUUGAAUUUCAAGUUUGUUAUGUGAGAACUGUGCUUAAUAUAUAAAUUUGUCUCUGUAUCAAGAUGAGGAUGUUUGUAUUUAGUCAUUAAUUCUCUGCUCUCUCUCCCUCAAGAACUUGAAAACAACAUGCUAGGUUAUCAUGCUCCAUUGAUGUAUCUUAUUUAAUGAAAAAUACAGUACUGAAUAUUUAGCCCUCGACGAAUAUUUCCCGUUUUAUAUUUUAAUAAAACUUUCUCUAUAAUGUAUCCUUCAUAUAUGUUGUUCAUAGAAAUUAUGAUAGAAAUUAGGACAUAUCGCUCAAAUCAUGGUUUUAAUCUAUGUAAUUAUGUUUUUUAUCCACAAGCUGAUUAAAUUAUAAGUUGAAAAAUCAUCAUCUUGUAUACUGGUUGUAUGUUCAAUAGUUCUGGCAUGUAAAUACUGCAUUGCUCAGUGUACUCUAUUUAUUAGGUUUCCUAGACUAACCUAGACAAUAUGCAAAUAUUUUUUGUAACAAUGUUCAUACUUGUGUGUGUUUAUAAAGAGAGUUCUGUGGAAACAGUGGAAUGAUAUUAUUUAUUCCAGUAUUUUGUGAACAUAGCACGUUUUAUGGUGACAAAUAUUUCCUCAGCUGUGGAAUAUAAUUGUUUCAAGUGCAGGAUCUCUUCAUUUGGUAAUGCUGCACAGCAUUUGACUAUUAAAUUAAUUAUUGGACAAACAGGAGUUGUCCACUUAAUGUGCAAGAUAUUUAGUAGCAGAACACUUAUUAAUAAAAGUUAAAUAAUAAUAACAAUUAUAAUAUUAAAUGUUCAAGGUUUUCUUGUAAUUAGUAUUUUACUGUUAAAUUGAUCAGUGUAGUUUUGGGAACACUGGGACCACUGUCAGGUACAGUACUUGUGUUAACUGAUAAUGAGUCAAUUCAUGGUACUAAAUAUAAAUAGCUUUCCAGGCUUAACUCCUUUUUUGAUAAUUACUUAAGUUAAUGGAGUUUCCCCAAUUCUUUCAAUUACAGAAACUAAUUAAAUUGUAACUAAUUUUGUAAUAGUAAACAUGGAUGGCAAUACUUAUUUAAUUUUGUAUGCAGGAUAAACACAGAUGUUGUUCUUAUAUCAUCCUGAGGAAAUGUUGGUUAUGUCUCUGUACACACCUGCAAUAAAUGUUUUGUACAAAA